UACAAGAACACACCGGGAAAACGCGGAGAGGAAUGAAAAUAAUAGGCGUGAGACUGAGAGAAGGAAGCGCCGCAGCUCUUCAGGUCCGCGCGUGUCUCGGUCGCUCGCCUGUUUUGUUUUGUUUUGGGGUUGGUUUGUUUUUGUUUUUUGUUUUUUUUUUUGCUCGUGAGGGAGAAAUCGUUUCGCGUUUGAAUGCGGACCAACAUGGGGGAAAGCGCGAGCUCCUGACGCGGAUCGACUUUCAGUGAACCUCUGCUCCGCGGUGCAAGUCCGUAGCCAAUAAGACAGGGAGGAAAAGGCGAUAGGGAAGACAUGUUGAGGGGCUUUUCUUCUUGAGCUCGCGCUCGGGUGUUGAUGUUGUGCUCGCGAAGCAGACGGCGCACGUAGAGGCACACAAAGGCGGCGAAUGGCGAGCGGACGGUAGGCAUUGCUCAGGAGCCAUUAAUGGGAGCGCUGCUUAUUUAAUUGGCCUGUUAUGAUCCGAGAUAUUUUAGGCCUCCUAGGCAGCCCCGCAGAAAAGAAAUAACACGCUCAGCAAACGGGGGCUCCGGAGCUGGAAACCGAGCCCCGCAGAGCCGUUCGGUUGGACCGCUGCCGCUCGCAUGAAGGUAAAUACGCCGUUUGUUUUUUGAGAACAAACUUGGGUAGAGAUUGCGCUGAUCCACCGGGGCAGUUUUAAACACGGCAACUCCACAAAGGCCCGGGAGUAAACAGUAGGAGCUGCGUGACUGCGUUAACGGGCUGUUUUAGCCGCACAGGGAAAUCAACCAGGGCUUGACUUUACGCACGAAGGUGCACACGAUUCGCCCGUUUUAGCUCCACCAGAGCACGAACGACGGUUUUUUAAAUGUUAAUGUCGACCGACGUUGCAUCCAUCAUGCUGCCUGUGUCCCGGGGUCUCAUGGACCGGGAUCGAGAGCUGGACACCAUGGCCGGGGUGCAUCCCAACGCGGGCGGCGCUCCCGCAGCGGUGCGGGGCAUGAAGCGCGGCGACCCGGAGCCCGACGCGCAAACGGCGGCGGCUCUGGUGGACGCGUCCGGGGCGGAGUGCAAGCGUCCACGGAUCGACGGCUCCGGCGUGAUCGGCGAGGUGGGUCAGAACAAUGAUCCCCUGACCCUCAGUUACCAUGGCUACCCGUCUCACAGUCAGGGCUCUCAGGAUAGUGCUGGCGGUCAGGACGGACUCAUCCCCCCACCUUUCUCUGCGUUCCCUCCACCUCCACCACCCCCACCCCAGAACGGCCUGACCCUGGAUUACGGGGGCAGCCUGUACGCAGCGGGGGCCGUCCAGGGCCCGGUCGAAGCCGGCGGAGCGGCAAACAGCGCAUCCAGUGCCGCCAAUAGCCUCGGUGCUCAACAGGCAGAUGGCUCCUCCCAGAUUGACGGACAGUCAGGGGUCGGCUCAGCGGGCGGAGGGGGCGGCGGGGGGAGCGCUGGCGAGGACUCCGACUCCAAGGGGACCCCGAAGCGGCUCCACGUGUCCAACAUCCCCUUCCGCUUCCGAGACCCCGACCUACGGCAGAUGUUUGGGCAAUUCGGCAAAAUCCUCGACGUGGAGAUCAUCUUCAACGAGAGGGGAUCCAAGGGCUUCGGCUUCGUGACGUUCGAGUCGAGUGCGGACGCCGAGCGCGCCCGGGAGAAGCUGCACGGCACGCUGGUGGAGGGCCGGAAGAUCGAGGUGAAUAACGCCACUGCCAGAGUGAUGACGAACAAGAAGAUGACCACACCAUACUCUAAUGGAGAGGGCCUUGCAGCUCUACCGUAUGCUGGGUGGAAGCUGAGUCCGAUGGUGGGAGCCAUGUACAGUCCUGAACUCUACACAGUGCCGGGCUUCCCCUACCCUGCAGCAGCGGCCGCCGCCUCCACGGCCGCCACCUUCCGGGGGGCCCACCUCCGGGGCCGAGCCCGGCCCGUCUACAGUGCAGUGAGGGCCGCUGUGCCGCAGCCGGCAAUCCCUACGUACCCUGGUGUGAUGGCCUAUCAGGAUGGUUUUUACGGUGCGGCUGACCUCUAUGGCGGCUACGCGGCCUAUCGUUACGCUCAGCCGGCUGCGGUAGCGACGCCCGCGGCGGCGGCGGCGGCGGCGGCGGCGGCUUACAGCGACAGUUACGGCAGAGUUUACACUGCAGACGCCUAUCAUGCUGCUCUUGCCCCAGCUGCCUAUGGCGUUGGAGCCAUGGCAACGCUGUACAGGGGAGGCUACAGUAGAUUCGCCCCAUACUAAAGACACUACAUUUCCCAGGAGCUCCCCUCUUCCAUUGAAUCACUCUGAAAGAGCUCCCUCUGUUGUCGUGGAGGUGGACUGCACCCGGUUUUAAAGAGUGGAGUCAUCCAUAACAAAGAUAUUUCAGUUCCCACCCCUGAGCAGUCCCCAGUUUUCUUAUAUACGCUACUACCGAAAUAGAGGAAUGCUGUAUUAAAGACUGAAGGCUGGCCUUUACAUUAAAAAAAGAAGAAAAAAAAGACGCCAUGUGGCCACCUUUCCUACUGCACGGCUGUAUUAUAGUCCACCCCUUCUCAUACCCUCAGCACUAAGCAGCACAAAACUAGGGACGGAGCCCAGAUGUUCUUCCAACGGCUGUACCUGGAUAAGUGACAUUGAAGCAGCUGUCGGCCGCGCGAGAGAGGGAAGGAGCUGCGCGCUGUUUCCAAUCAGAACAACGAGAUGGCAAAAGGCACACGGAUGGACGUUAAGGUUUCUCCCGAACGUUGGUGGAUGGUGACGAGAGAGGCUUUUGUUCGGGUGGAGGGAGGCUGAACGUCGCAGCCGGGAGAGAUGGCGACAGGUUAUAACGCUACGUCCGAAAGCUGAAGGAGGGAGGGUUACUAGAGCUGUUCCUUACCUCAAGUUUUCUUAGUAUGUGGAAAUGGUAAACCUUUAAACUUAAAGUUGUUAUGAUAUGCAAAGAAAUUAGUUUAGAGAAAAAAAAGUUACCAAAUUAUUAUUAUUGUUAUUAAUAUUAUUAUUGUAACUAUUCUUAUGAAAUAAUUAUUUUGUUUGACUCCACUGCGCAGCAGCCACUGCUGGUGUGGGAUGUGUAGAAUCAACAGUGAACCUUGGGGUUAAAAGUCGAAAAAAUGAACAUCUGUAUUACAAAUAGUCGAGACAAUAUGGCACAAGCAUCGUCAUGGGACUUCACUACCGCACCGUCACUACACGCUACGGCAAACACUACUACUCAGAGCCUUUCCCGCUCAGUCGAUUCCAGCUUUAGCUCCAAAACCGAAGCGUCCGCUCGCAGCCCUGAGGUCCAAGCAUCGGCUGCUGAGCCAGCGUAGAGAUUUCAUUAUUUGGAUUUUCCCCCUCGUGCUCCGACUUUUAUAGAGCGGCGUCCAACAUUGAACGAGUCUUCCUGUAACACACUUCAGUUGGUUUAGUCGAGAUGCUGCCAACGGCGAUUUACUGAGCAAGUGAAAGUGUCUGUCUGCAAGGUCAUGAAAAUAUCUAAAUGCAAAACACCUGACUCUUGUGCAUAUUUCUAUACCGUUGUAUUCUAUAUUUCCAAAACGUGGCUUUUUUUGGCUUUUGUUUUUGUUCCAAAGAUUUGUAGAAAGCACAUUUUUCUGCCGUAUAUAUAUAAAUAUAUUAUCUUUGUUAUUGUUAUUAUCAUAAUCCCUGUUAAUCCUAUUGCUGGCUUUAUUUACUUAAUUUCACCUUGAGUUUAUUUUAUAUCUGUGAGUGUUGUCCCUUCUCCAGUAAGGUGUGACUUUGGGUUUUGUUUGUUUUUGGAGUUAAUUUCCUGAAGGGAGCGCGUGCCCCAGCGCUUACAAGCUGGAGGUGUGCUUUUAACACCACCCACCUUUUCUCCCCAUAUUUAAUAUUCCUGGUUGGUCAUGGGAUCUGCUGGAACGACGAUGAUGGCGUUUCAGCAGAAUGAGGAAUUUCUUUGUGUCCGUAUUUCGCAGCUGAGUGAGGAUUUGGAAUGAAUGAACAUAGGCCUGUAGCACUUUGGUUAAACCCAACUGUGUUCCUUUAUUUUAUUUUUUUAGUUUUCAAUUUCGUGGUUUUCGUUCGCUCCUUACAUUUCAGUGGUGAAACCUGUCAGCGCGGCCGCCGCGCUCGCUCCAGGUUUGACGAUAACAACGUCUAAAAGUGUUAUUUCUCAUAAAUACACAGGUUCAUAUUACAAGCAUAAUUAUGUUGUGGGAUAUAAUAGAAGUCGUGUGUGAAGUUGGGCAGUUCUGUUUAUUUACAUUUUAAUUCAGAUUUACAAGUUGCAUGUCCACUUCUCACACUUGAAGAUCAUGCAGGUAAAAUGAGUUGUUUUUUUUCCUGGUAAACGUGCAGCUGUUGGAUUUUCUCUUGACAUUUAACAUUUCUGUUUCAAUAUCUCCACAUUAUUAUCGGCUGUGCUCUGGACAAAACGAAGGGAGGGUUUAAAAAAAACAAACAAAAAAAAAAAACUUAGCCAAAGACGCUAACUAACCGUCCUGAGCACGUUCUGGGUCCCGGCGCGAGAGGUCCUACACAAAACACACAGACAUGGACUUUUGCAGCCACAGGAGACAUGGACAAACCAGCAUGAGCGAGUCUUGUCAAGUAAAAAAAAAUAGUUUUGCAUGAUUCGUGUGUCUUUCAUAUAUGACCCCUGAGCAGCCAAGCCCAGUUGCAUUUUAUUUUCCCACCACUAAACUUUAUGGAGAAUGGCCGACUGCUGGUUAACGCGACGGAGAGCGGUUUCCUGCCACUGUUGUAGUCGCGUGUGCGGCCAUUCUCCAUAGUUGCUAUGGUUUCUCCGUUGCAUCUAUACCCCCUUUGACUGCCAUUAUGUUUUUGUUAUUGAAUGUCCAUAUAAAAUGUUUUAUAUAAAAAUGUUUUGUUGUGAUCAA